CUCUUCUUCCCUCCUACCCACCCCCACCCCCCCAAUAACCCCCUACCCCCAAAGGACCUUUUUCACCGUUUUUCUUCACUUUCUGACUCAUCACCCAAUUCAAUCUAUACGUACACGAAUCCUAUCUCUAUAGCUUCUGCUUUCAAUCGUCUUUCUUCAUCUCUGAUUUUCAAGAAAAAAAUGAACCAGGAGUGUACCACUUCAGUGGGGUUGACCUAGAUAAAUUAUCAAAAAUGGGUAAUUGUUGCUGCUGCUGUUGUGCCUCAAAAGGAGUGGAAUUGAACGGUUCGCCCUCAUUUUAUCGUUAUCCUACAGUGCCAGAAGAGCGCGAACCUUUGUCAUCUCAUCAUGUCACAGCUGCAGCAUUCUCCACUGCGCUUUUGGUUGAUACAAAUCUGGACACCUCAAGUCCUGACACCUACAGGCCACCUCCAAUGCCAAUGCCUUAUGAAACGUAUGUGGGAAGGCCCAGGACUCCACCAGGUAAUCCAGAUGGCAUCAAGAAUGAGGCGGCAGUUCAAGAAACAAACAGUGAAGCUGGUGGCGCACUGAACUCAGCAGACGCUGCCGAAGCUGUUGACAAGGAUAAAAAGGAGUCUGAAGGCAACGUGCAAACAGCAGAUAUCCAGCUCGAUGCAAUAAAGGAAGUGGAAGAUGAACUUGAGAAGUCUGAUGAACUCAAAAAAUCCAACGUACUUGUACUUUUACCUCCACAAGAAGAGUGUCCCAUCUGUCUUGAAGAAUAUGAUGCUGAGAAUCCAAAAAUGAGUACAAAAUGCGAGCAUCAGUUUCAUCUUUCAUGCAUUCUUGAAUGGAUGGAGAGAAGUGACACCUGCCCCGUCUGUGAUCAGGAAACGGUUUUUAAUCCUGCAAUUGAUGAAUAGCAACAAGAAUUCCGCCUGUAGGUGGUUGGUUGCAGAAGUGACAUUUGUUGUAUGCCAAGAAGUGUUGUUCAAUACUUUGUGUCGAUGAUAGUUUUACAGCUUUAGCCGUAGUUUCUUCACAUGUUUCCUUCUUGUGUUUGCUUCAAAUCGUUAAGCUUGGAUGUGGAAAUAAUUAGGAUAAUGAUUGAAAAGGUCAAGAAAAAAGAGGAAAAAGAAAAAGAUUGAUUUCAAUUCAUCGCAUAGGUUCGUUUCCAUUGUGAAUAUCCUUUUUUCUUUAAUCCAUGAUAUAUAGGCAUUUCUCAAUUUGCAGUUUUUUUGUGCAUUUCUGUAUCUCUUGACGUAGAGACCGAGUCUUUUUUCUUUUUUUUCUUUUGUUGUGAAUUUUUGGGUCAGUUGAUAAUGAAUUGGUAGCUCCAUUUUCUCUGUUUGUAAAUAUUCAGAUAGUAUAGGAAUUCCUCCAUUUUUGUGUACAAGGUCACACUUAAGCAUUGAAAUUUUGUGCAAUUUUGC